AUGAUCAAUAAAUAUCGCCGGCAAGGCGGAAUUAAGUUCGAGUCGAGGGACUCGUCAUCUCAUCAGACAAUCACAUUUGGUGGCCGUGUUUGUCCCAUCCACUCGGCAAUCAUGACUUUGACUUUUGACGCAGACUUCAACACAUGGAUACGUUCUUCUCAGCCUCCAAGUCCGAUAGCUUCCCGUCGGCCAACGUCUCUGAAGGCAACUGAUGGCCCGGCGCCUUGGCUCGCCGCCGCUGUCAACAACUGCAUGCAAACUCUCAUCGCCCAUCUUUGCAAACAAGCGGCACCUUGUCAGUAA